AUGAAUAAACUUUUAAAAAGUGUAAAAUCAUCAUCAAACAAGAAAGACGAUUUAAUUAAGCAUUCUAUCACAACUCAUCUAUCUAACAGUGUGAAAGAGAUUCAAUAUGUGGGAGUGGAGGAAGCAAAGUCUUCAAAAAUUAUUGAUGUAACAGAUGCUUCAAAUCAGCUUUGUAUGGCCGUUGAAGCAAUGUUUUUGCAUGGUUUAAGGGAUUCUUUAACACACCGUUUUAAGAAAGCGCUUUCUGAUUUGGACGAGAGACCAGCACCAAAUUUUUGGGACCCCUUACUUGUUAUAUCACAUAGACAAAUAAUCGACCAAAUAACUAACCUCUCUCAAAUAUCUACAGAAGUAGGUCAGUGUAGGGCAUGGGUUCGAUUAGCGCUUAACGAUUGUCUUUUAUCCUCUUAUCUGAUGACUGUUCGACAUGAUUCAUCAGCAUUAAAAUCAUAUUAUAAUAUUAAUGCUUAUUUGCGAGAUGGCGACUUGCUAGAUAUUGCCCAAAGACUUAUUGAAGGUGUAGAAGCAUUCAAAUCAUUUACAUUGCCCAGCAAUUCCAGCCUUUUAAAUACAUGGCCUUUGCAGAGCCUGAUUUUGGCAGGCUUAUGGGCGCCUACAUGGAAGGCGUGUCCUGUAGCUCCCUGCGAUGAUGUGGCAUCUAUGCUUGACGAUGAAAAGGCCCAGAUUGUAGAAGAAGCUUCUGACACAGCAUCAUUAAGUUCUGCCGUGUCAGUAGCAUCUACACAUUCAGGAUUAAGACAGAUUGUUGCAUUAACUGAGGAUGAGGUUCUAAAAAUUAUACUGGCUAAGGACAAAGAAGCAAAAUACAUGGAUCAACCCAGUUCAUCUUGUGAUGAAUUAAAAUCUACAUGUAGUUCUGAUACGGAUUACAAAAAUGUUGAAGACAAUUUGAAUCACAAUGUAGGUAAUUCUUUGAGUAAAAGAAGCGGAUGGUCUUUUGAUGAACAGCAGGAGCAGGAUAGUGUGAGUGAUAGUGAAACAAAGCCACCAAUUGAGUCGAGCGAAUCUAAAUCUAUGGAAGCUAGUUACACUGCUCUUAUUGAGAGUUAUAAUAUGCUUAGUGGGGGCUAUAUUAGGACUCCUGAUAUAAGAGAGGUUUGGCAGAAAUUUGAAGACGAAAGGUUUGAAGAAACCCUUGCUCCUUCGGUCAACCCUGUUCAAGGAAGUGAUGCGGCUCAAAUUUCUAAUGCAAUAUUAGUUAAAGGCGAAUCUACGUCUCUCGUGGCACAAGUCAGUAUAAUAGCAAAUGAAAGAGGUCUCGAUUAUCAAAAUUUCGAGUGUGCGGGAUGCAGACGUGCCUUGGGGGUGACCACCAGACCCAACGUAUGUGGUUUUACCGGGGAAUACUUUUGCGAAUUCUGCAUGAGCCCAGAAAAAAUGAGCAUUCCUGCAAGGAUAAUUCAUAAUUGGGAUUUCAAGCAAUAUCCUGUAUCACAAAAGAGUUUCGACUAUAUAAACGAAAUUAAAGACCAUCCCGUGAUUGACUUAAAAAUUGUAAAUCCGUUUAUUUAUGGGGCGGUAGAAGAGAUGGCCGAGUUGCAAAAAUUACGAAAUCAACUGAAUUUCUUGAGAGCAUAUCUUUAUACUUGUAGGAAGCCUGUAAUUGAACAGUUGCAAAAACAAAUGUGGCCUAAGGAAUAUAUGUAUGAACACAUUCACCAGUACUCCAUAUCGGACCUCCACGAUGUAACAAGUGGGGAUUUGUUCAAGGCGCUCGAAAAGGUUGUUCAAUUUGGACGGGAUCACGUUUUUAAUUGCUGGUUGUGCAGUCAGAAAGGCUUCGUUUGUGAAAUAUGUGAAAAGCCUAAGGAGUUAUUUCCAUUCGAUGUUGAAAAUGUUUACAGAUGUGAUAUGUGCUACGCAGUGUUUCAUAAAAGUUGCCUUAAUUCAUCUAAACCGUGUCCCAAAUGUGAAAGACGGAAAAAGAGACAAGAACUUCCUCUUCUUGGUGCUAUUAUAGUUGAUUAAUAUUUUCUCCAUCUUUGAAGGAUUUUAUUGUUGUUUUUACACGCCAAGGUAUAUCAUGUUUUUUACAA